AUGCUAAAAAUUGUUCCAAUAGUAAUUCCUAUGGAAUUAAUUAUAACAAGUGGUCGACCUAAUGUGAAUACUGAUAUUAUUGUUUCAUUUAAAGUACAUCUGGACAUUAACUUAUAUGUUUUAGGUAGUGAAAAUGAAUGCAAUUUUGAUGAAAAUAAUGAACGUAAAGAAGAAGAAGAAUGUGAUGAAGAACCUGGUCAACAUAUGAUUGAAGAACAAGAUGAAACCCGAGAUGAAACUGAUGAUAAUGAUAAAGACGACUGUUGUAAUACUGUCCAAAAGCAACAAUACAAUCCACAUCCACGAGAUGAUGACGAAUGGUUAUUUAGAGCCAUCGUAAGUAAAAAAAAACGUUAA